AUGACUGACCUCGCAACGAAGGAGCUGAAGCAUCCAGUCGACAUUGCUGAGUAUCUUUUUACACGGCUACACCAGAUCGGAAUACGGUCAAUUCAUGGAGUGCCAGGUGAAAUUCUCUGCGCAAUUGGUCUCUUGAAUCGACCAUCUAACGACCCCCAGGGGACUACAACCUUGUCGCUCUCGACUACGUCUCAAAAUGUGGUAUGCAAUCAGCUCAGCCGAAUCGUUCAUGAUGAGAGAGAAAUGACCGGCAAGAAUCAAGGCUACGCUGCCGAUGGCUAUGCCCGUAUCAACGGGAUAUCAGCCCUGAUGACGACCUUUGGAGUGGGAGAGCUAUCUGCCCUGAAUGCCGUUGCCGGCGCAUUUUCUGAGUUUGUGCCGAUUGUCCAUAUCACCGGUCAGCCAAGCACAGUUUCCCAGAAAGAUGGCAUGCUCCUCCACCACACGCUUGGGAACGGCGACUACAAUGUUUUCGCCAACAUGAGUUCUGGCAUCUCAUGUGCCGUAGCCAGACUAAACGAUCCUCACCAAGCUGCAGUUUAUAUCGAUAGCGCAUUACGGGAAUGCUGGAUUCGAAGCCGCCCGGUUUAUAUCGCUCUGCCCACUGACCUUGUCGAAAAGAAAGUGGACGGGGAGCGUUUGAAGCAACCAAUUGAUCUGAGCCCGCCACCAAACGAGGAAGAGAAGGAAGAAUACGUUGUGGAUGUGGUCCUGAAAUAUCUUCAUGCUGCAAAGAAUCCAGUCAUCCUCGUCGAUGCGUGUGCCAUUCGCCAUCGCGUUCUGGCCGAGGUCCACGAGUUGGUCAAGAAAUCCGGGUUGCCUACGUUUGUGGCUCCCAUGGGAAAAGGUGCAGUGGACGAAACUCUUCCUAAUUACGGCGGCGUGUACGCCGGCGACGGAUCCAAUGCAGGCGUAAGGGACCGGGUUGAGUCCUCUGAUUUGAUUCUCAGUAUUGGCGCUAUCAAAUCCGACUUCAAUACCACCGGAUUCACUUACCGCAUUGGGCGUAUGAACUCUGUUGAUUUUCACAGCAAUUAUACUAGUGUGCGCUAUUCCGAAUACCCGGGAGUAGGAAUGAAAGGUGUCCUUCAAAAGGUGGUGCAACGCAUGGGAAAGGUAAAUAUUGCUCCUGGACCUGAAUUGAAAAACGAACCACACGAGGAUCCUAGUGCGUCGAAACCCACUAUCACCCACGAGUGGUUUUGGCCGACUGUGGGCAAAUGGCUUCAGGAAAAUGAUAUCGUCAUCACCGAAACCGGAACCGCGAACUUCGGCAUUUGGGAGACCAGGUUUCCAAAGGGCGUUACGGCCAUUAGUCAGGUUCUCUGGGGCAGCAUCGGCUAUUCCCUUGGUGCUUGCCAGGGCGCUGCACUCGCCACACAGGAGAAAGGGAAUCGUCGGACGAUUCUGUUUAUCGGAGAUGGUAGCUUCCAGCUGACUGUCCAGGAGCUGAGCACUAUGAUCAGAAAUAACCUUACGCCCAUCAUUUUCGUGAUCUGCAAUGAGGGCUAUACCAUUGAGCGGUAUAUCCACGGCUGGAACAGUAGAUAUAAUGAUAUCCAAGAGUGGAGGUUCAAGGACUUGGUGCCCGCCUUUGGAGCCAAACCAGACCAAUACAAAACUUACCAAAUUCGAACAAAACAAGAAUUGAUUGGGCUAUUCGACAAUAAAGAGUUUUCGGCCGCGCAAAAGUUGCAGCUUGUGGAAUUGUAUAUGCCUAAAGAAGACGCACCCGCUGCGCUGAGAUUAACCGCAGAGGCAUCAGCGAGGAGAAACGCAACAUAA